AUGAGUUUCGGUUUCUCUCCCGGUGAUAUUGCCCUUUUUCUUGGAUUCGCUAUAAAGGUUCGUAAUGCCUUGAAAGAGGAAGGUGGUUCAAAAUCAGAAUAUCGUCUUGCUCAACAACAAUGUCAAGAAUUUCUCGAUGUAAUGGACGACGUCAAACGCCUUGAUCUUUCAGAGGUCCCGGGGUCAUUUCGGGACGAAAUCGAGAAGUAUUCAACAGACACUCGGGAAUUUGUGAAUGAUUUCAAGCGGACCAUUUGCAAGUACGAGAAGUCGAUGGGAAAAUCCUCUCAUCGCGGAUUUUUAACAAGCGCUCCAAAAAAGGUCCAAUGGGUUUUUAGCGCGGCUGAUGAUCUCGAAAAAUUCAAACGAAGCCUUUCUGCCCAGGUUAAUCUCGUCCACAUCACAAUACCAAAAGCCAUCUUGUCAAUCGUAGCUAAGCCCAGACAAUCACAACAACUUGUACAAGAACCUACGCGCAGCAACGCCUUAAGCAGAGGGAUUUAUCCUGCUAGUCAUAGACAAGGUUAUCUUGGUUGGAAUUACAAUCAGAUAGACGGCCUUGAUUUGCUUGGAAGAGUUGAUGAGAUCACUGAUAUUGUAUAUGAGCACUUUCUCGCAAGGCCAAGAUUGCCGCUGGCUGACCAUGGAAGAAUUUACACCUUACCAGACGACGUCAGCAUCAGUGUGUCAUACCCGCAGCUUGAAACCAUUUCAGAUCAUCGCAGUGUACCGUUAACCAACCAUUCAAAUCAAUUUCCUAUUCCAAUUCAACAGCAAGUUCAGUCAGCAAAUGAGCGGACGCAUUCGGUGGACCAGAACACUUUAGCAGGCGAAAUCAACGAGUACCUGCGUUCCUUAAACCUGGAAGAACUCUCCGAGCAGGAGGCAAAGCAGGUCAAUCAAACCGAAAAUAACACGCAGAGACUUCUACUCAAUGAGCUUGGAGAAGAGUCUUCUGAACCGCUCCCAGAACAAACCGAAAUUAAUCGAGACCAGCCACACUCAUCAGGUUCGGGUGAAAAAUGGCGUCAGAAGUCAAAGUUUCGUCCCACAAUGCCAUCCUUUGGGUCUCCAACGGAUGCUCUAAGCGGCGUAUCGCUUGCAAUUAGCAUCAUACAAUUUAUUGAUUCUGCGGCUAAGACAUCAUUCAACAUUAUGAGGACAGAAAAUUCCUAUCGGGAGCUUGUGGUGCUCUCAAAAAGAAUUAUGCAAUACUCAAAUCUUCUUGAGAAAGCGACAAGCGUAAUUUGUACCUCUAUGUCCGCCGACCAGCAAAGGCUAGCAUGGGAAGUUAUCCGGGAUAGUGAAGAAGCUAUGCGCGAGGUGGGGAAUAUCUUAGAUGUCUUAACAUACAGGACAGAGACUGGGCGACAGAAAUACACGGGAUUAUUGAGAAUGCUGAAGUGGCAAUUGAAUAAGAAGAGGGUCCUGUCACUCAUGGGUGAAGUCGACUCCCUUAAGUCAACAUUUUCAAUCGUGUUGCAGGUGCAUCAAAUCCAAAUUUCGGAGCACAGCCUCAGGGAGAUAAAAUAUGCCAGGGAAAUGCAAAUGGAGACGCGGCGUGUUGCAUCACGAAGGUGA